CCUCCACCUCCCAUCCAUCAUUCCUCCCCUGAUAAUACGGACCACUGGUUGUGCGUCACUCCUUCAGUGCUUCACUCCGUUCAUCUCUCCGCUCAGCAUCCAUCCGUCCUCCUCCGGCAGCACUAUGGACAGCACAGUUUCAGCCUACUCUGAGAAGCUGAGAGAGAUGUCGGUGUUGUCUCUCCUCUGCUCAUGUUUGUAUUCCCAGCCUCAUCCCAACACCUUCGGUCAGUUUGAAGAUAUGGAGGUGAAGUCACUGAAUAAGCGAGCUUCUGGCCAGGCGUUUGAGGUCAUCCUGAAAAGUCCAACUGAGCCGUCUCCAGAGAGACCCCAGACGCUGGCACUGCCGCCCCAGAAGAAGGAGCCUUCACUGGGGGAACUACAGAGGAGGCUGGAGGCUGCCGAGGAGAGACGGAAGUCUCAGGAGAAGCAGGUGCUGAAGCAGCUGGCAGAGAAACGGGAGCGUGAGAAGGUGGUGCUCAACAAGGCCCAGGAGGUCAACAACAACUACAGCAAGUUGACGGAGGAGAAACUCAACCACAAAAUGGAGCUGAUCCAAGAAAAUCGCAUGGCCCGUCUCAAUGCUCUCAAGCAACGUCUGAGAGAGAAGGAGCUUCACGCUGCGGAAGUCCGUAAGAAUAAGGAACUUCACAUUGAGCUCUCUGGCUGAGGACACUCUUUGACGCCAGAGCCGCGAGACGUCCAAUCAUGACUGCGUUUGGAGAAUAUCUCGUUCUCUGGCCACAUUGUCUUAAGAGGUCAUAUCAGACUCACCUUAUCAGUUUUCCUUCUCAAUAAAUGUCUGAGCGUAUAACAGCAUCCCACAUAACACUACGUGGACAAAAGUAUGUGAGCACCCAAACAAAGCACCCGUAUCACUGUAAAACACAAUUUGUUGAGUCAGCUUAAAAUAAUUUGUUAUCUGGCUUCCUUAAAAUUUUAAGUUCAGUCAACUCAAAAAAAGUUUAUUCAGCUUGAAAUGUUAAAUUAUACUAAGUGACAACUUAAGUUUAGCAAACACAAAUAUCUAAGUUGUUACUUAGUACAACUUAACAUUUCAAGUUGACUAAACUUAUUUUGACUUGACUGAACUUAAAAUUUUAAGGCAGCAGGUAACAAAUUAUUUUAAGAUGACUCAACAAAUUGUGUUUUUUUUAUUUUUUACAGUUUUCAGAAGCAUGGGCAUUAAUUGUAAUUUUUAUCCUUUCUAGCUAUUCCAACUUUUUUUUUUUUUAUCCCAAAGGUAUUCAGGUCUGGAAUUUCUGUAGGCAAGUCAAGAUCUUUCACAUUUCUUGAUGAACCUUGACUUGCGUGGUGUUCCUAAAUCAACAUCUUUUGUUGAUCCUAGAACAACAACCAGUCCUUAAAUUAUGGCUCAAAUCAGAUGGAAAUUGUAAGCUGAUAAGAAUGUCCAUCUGAGCCAAACCCCAAACAAAUCCUAUCACCUAUUCCUAAAAUCUGAUGCUGAUCUGUGACGGGAUACUUGGCAGAAUCAUAAGUCACCUGCUUAGUGCACAAGGACAAGGCUGAAACAUGCCAUUUAAAACUGUUAAACAAUUCACCAUUACGUCAUUGUUUGGAGUAGCAUUAAAAUUAGUAAAUAUUCUACUAGCCAGGCACGUUUAUUAGAAAGAGGUGUCCACAUACUUUUGGCCACAAAGUUUAUCUGCCUGUUGAAGAAAACAACUAAGACCAUGUUAAAUUCCAAGAUGAACUUGUUUUAGAUUGGCAUUAGUGAUACGUUACUAACAUGAUCUGAUUAAGAUGGUUGUUGUUGCCAAUAGACCAGUGGUUAAUCUCAAACCGGCAUGAGACUGUCAAAACAUACCUUAUGCGUAACCAGCAAUGGUAUAAUCUGGUCAUUUAGUCUGGCCUCAGUUGUUAUUUAGCAGGGCAGAAUCUCACAAAACCAAAAACAUGACUGUAUCCACAUUUUCACGGCACUUUAUAGAAUGAUUCAUUCACGUUGGUAGUUUAGGUGCAUUUCAAGGGUCACUGACUCAGAUUUGUUGGUUUGUUUUUCAGUGACCUUAAGAGAAAUGUCUAAGCUAUAUGCUGCUAACUGAUUCUGAAAACCAUUUAAAAUAAGAUUAAAGCAUAAGUUCGUAA